GGUUUUAUACAUUUACGUUAGAAGAUGUCAGGCUCUUCGUAUUUUCCAGGCGAUAUACAGAUGUUUAUUUGUCAUUUGGUUUAAUUUUGUUAUUUUGUAUCUACCAUUAAUAAACGUAAUGUGUAGUGAAUGAAGCUCAUUAAUUAAUAGCAGAAGAGCUGCGUCUCAUUUCUCUCCUGUUGUUCAUAAGGUUCACAUUAAAAUUAACUUAUGAGGAAAUUAAGAUUUUAGGCAGGAAAUAAUACUUUAGAAAUGGGAUAAAGAUGUAUUUAUAAUAGUGUAAUGUUUCCAGGGCCUUUCUACAGAUCAUGAAUAUGUAACUAAAGAUUGAGUGUCUGUACAAUGUGGAUCUUUUUUUGUUUUUAAUUAUUUAUUUAUUUUAGUAAAUUAGGAUGUAGAUGCAUUAACUGAGUGAUUCUCUUCCAGGCUAGUGCACUAGAGAAGUGAUUGAGACACAGACAGAGGUUUAGUGUUGAUUUCUUCUUGUUUGUGUUGAUUCUUCUCCUCUUAAACAGACAGAGAAACUCCUGCUGAAGCGACUGAGCUCCACUAUUAUAAAGAUGGCCUUUAUUAAAGAGGAGAGUGAAGACCUGAAGAUUGAAGACACAUUCACAGUCAAACAUGAAGAUGCUGAGCAACUACAACUGUCCUGUACAGAUCUUAUGCCUGGGAAAAAGCAGAUUCAAGAUGUGAAUGAUGUCAAGGAAGAGAAAGAUCUGGAGGAAGGGGGACAGUUGAUAUCUGGUCAAACAACGUCAGAGAAUAGUGCUCAACAGACUGGACCUGUAAGCGGUUUCACCUGCAAAGAGUGUGGGAAAAGUCUGACUACGAAAAGAACGCUUAAUGACCACAUGCGGAUUCACAACGGAGAGAAGCUUUUCAGAUGUCAGCAGUGUGGAAAAGGAUUCACUACAAAAAGAAAUCUGGCGGUUCACACGAGGAUUCACACAAGAGAGAAACCCUACAUGUGUCCCCAGUGCGGGAAUUGCUUCUCUACAAAAACGUCCCUUGAAGUUCCCAUGAGAAUACACACAGGGACGAAGCCUUAUUUGUGUCAACAGUGUGGUAAUAAUUACACCACAAAACAAAACAUUAAGGUUCACAUGAGAACUCACACUGGGCGGAAACCUCACAUCUGCCAAGAGUGUGGAGUAAGCUUUAUUUACAAAACCAGUCUUGAAGAGCACAUGAGAAAUCACCCUCGAUUGAAACCUUUCACUUGCCAACAGUGUGGGAACAGGUUUACUAGAAAAAGAAACCUUGAAGAUCACAUGAUUACUCACACUGGGGAGAAACCCUUCACAUGUGAACAGUGUGGAAAAGGUUUUACUACAAAAAGCAACCUUAAGGUUCACAUGAGGAUUCACACUGAAGAGAGGCCUUACACAUGUGAACAGUGUGAGAGAAGCUUUACACGUAAGGACAGCUUGGAGAGCCACAGGAGAAUGCAUAUGGCUGAGAAGUCUCACGCUUGCCCUCAUUGUGAAAUGUGUUUUGAACUUAAAACAACUCUGGUUGUCCACAUGAAGGUUCACACUGGAGAGAAGCUCUUUAGAUGUGGUCAGUGUGGGAAAAGCUUUGGACGUAACGCAACUCUGAAACGCCACAUGCGGGUUCACUCAGCAGAGAGCCGUUUUAUGUGCCGGCAGUGUGGCGUGAGCUUCCCGGACGGCAGUCAGCUUAAGGAUCAUGUCAGAACUCACCUCGGACAGAAACCCUACUUGUGCCUCGAGUGCGGGAGAUCUUGCACAGAGAUAACAAACCUCAAGGUUCACAUGAGGAGUCACACUGGAGAGAGGCCUUUCACCUGCCAAGAGUGUGGACUGAGAUUCGCGUAUGGAAAAGCCCUGAAACGUCAUCUGCAAACUCACUCUGGAAAAAAGCUUUAAAGUAAACUCUUUAGGCACAGUUACGAUUUUUAUUUAAACACUCAUGGAGAUAAAUGUUAUUAAUGUAACCACACAUGUGUAAAUAAAUGUUUUUUAAAGUAAAAUUCACACUCCCAGGAGAGAACCCUGAGCUCUGAGAUGAUUGAGCCCAGGGCUCCCGCCUGGUCCAUGAGCAUGUAAGGGGGUACGAGAUCAGGUAGUUCUCGAGAGCUGCCCCUGGUAGAGGAGGAAAGGGUGGAGACGGGGGGAAUCUUCAAAUAAAGAUAAGAGAGUAAUGCU